UGUUUGUGUUUUGUCCCCUCUGUAUUGUUUGUUUGCAGACAGAUGAGCUUCACUCUGAUUGGCUGAGAGCUCUCUGCAGGCCCUCACACGUUCAUUACUCACAAAGCAGUAAAGAGUCUUCAGAUGUUCAGGUGGGGGUCGUUACACACACACAUACACACACACACACACACACACACACACACACACACACACACACACACUCCUCCCCCACAGUUAACCUCACCUGUAACAACAAAGCAACAAUGGAGGUGUGUGUGUGUGUGUGUGUGUGUGUGUGUGUGUGUGUGUGUGUGUGUGUGUGUGUUGGGGGUCUGUGGAAUGUCUUUGUCUGAGUCCAGUGUGUGUGUGUGUGUGUGUGUGUGUGUUGGGGGUUGUUAAAUUCUUCAGAGCAGCAGGAAACUCUGAGAGAGACUGAAGAAACUUCAAAAACUGUCGGCAUGAAAUUAAACAGACGGAUGUGAGAUUAACUCAGAUAAACUUAGAUUAAUUCAGAUUAAUUCAGAUUAAUUCAAAUAAACUCAGAUUAAUUCAGAUGAAUAAAAGUUAAUUUAAGAUUAAUUCGGAUUAUUUAAGAUUAACAAAUCAUUAGUGUAACGAUCACUUCAAAAGAGGUUUUUUGUUUUUAUCUUUGAAUCAACUUUUGCUGAUUAUUUUCAGAAUAAUUAUUGAUUAAUUUCGAUUAUCUUUAGAAUAAUUAUUGAUUAAUUUGGAUUAUCUUUAGACUAAUUAUUGAUUAAUUUGGAUUAUCUUCAGAUUACCUUUGUUUCUGGACUAUUUAAACAUUCAUUCAUUCAUACUUUUGGGCAGAAAUGCGGGUCGAACAUGAACCCAGAAAAAAACACAUCUGGAUUUAUGGUUAAGCAGCAUCACUCAGACAGGAAGUCCAGUGGAAUUUCACAAUAAAAGCUUCAGAUUGAAACAAACGUUGAAGGAAAGUCACUCUGACUGCUGUUUCUUUUCUUUGAAUCACAUUUUAUUUCUUCAAAUGUUUUCAUAAAUAAACAUUUAGGAGUUUUUAAAAUCUCGGAUCACAGUUUUUCUAACGACAAGUUUGUAAAUAAGAAAGUGCGUCACUACUGAGCAUGCUCAGAACAUUUGUAAUAAUCUCAGAGUUUUUGAAGAACAGGAAGUAUAAACGUCGUCACUCAUGAAUCUUUUUCGGCUUUUAAAGAUUUAAUUUAUUUUUUUAAAGUUUCAGUUUCAUGUCUUAAAAAAAACUGUGACACUUUAUUUUGAAAAGCCCACAGGAUGUGUGGCACUAAGGCGCAGCAUUGGAGAGAGCGAGGAGGCGGAGUCAGAGGAGCUCAGAGGAGGUCUGAGGAGGUCUGAGUGAGUCUGCAGGUUUUUAGGAGAUUCAGACAGUCUGAGGUGGACCGAAGUGGAUUCUACAGGUCUGAGCUGGUCAGAGGAGGUCCAAGAACCUUUAAGGGGGUCUGAAGAUUUUUGUGGGAGUCUGUGGGGGUCUGUGGAGGUCUGAGGAAGUCUGUGGGGGUCUGUAAGGGUGUUGGAGAGUCCUCAGGUUUCAGGAGUUUCAGUCUGAAGUUCUCUUUGUGGAUCUUUGGGGUCCGGGGUCUGAUCAGGAUCAUGUUGGAGUUCCAGGUCUUCGUUCUUCUCGGUGAGUCUCUAAAAAAACUUUAACCUGAAAAUUUCUGUUUUUAAUUUUUUAGUUUAAUGAGAAAAAAAAAUGUUUGUCCGUCAGCUUUGGGUCAAUAAAGUUUAAAAACUUUAUUAUAAAUAAAAUAUUUUUAUUUAAAACUUUAUAAAGUUUAAAAACUCAUUUAAACUAUUUUAACUUUAUUUAAAAAGACGUUUAAGACGCUAAAAUACCGUCAAACAUAAACUUCGUAAACUUUCGACUUAAAUUCGACGUUAAAAUGAACGAAAACUUUGUUGAUUUUUGGAUUUUUACAGUUUAUUGAUUAUUUCAAAAAGAUGAAGUCACUGAAUAUUUGAGUGAAUUAUUGAUCAGUUUGGUCAAUAUUUGUAAUUGAAACCAAAGAAAGUUCAUUUCUUUGUUAUUGAUCAUAAAACCAAUAAAAAAUAAAAAAACAGAUUUUUUUUAAAGGGUAAAAAUGUAAAAGAGGAAAUAAAUAAACAACCUGAUCAGCUGAUCAGAGGAAUGAGUGACACUUAUCAGUGAUUAUUCUGAUUAAAUCAUGGAUCAAUGAUGUGAUUGAAUCAGUAAUCAGAGUUUGAUUAAAUAAUGAGGUCAAAGGUGAUUAAAGAGGCGGUUUGAUACUUUUUAACCCUCACUGAUAACUGUAAAUGAUGUAACACCAGGGUCAAAGGUCAAACUCGGCCAUUUGAGGGUCUCUCCGUUUUUUGAUCUUCACCUGUGAGCGUUACCCACAAUGCAAAGCGCCUAGUCAGAGCUUACUGCGAUAUGAUGUGAAUCUACGAGUCAUCGCAGAAACACGUGAAAAAAUCCCGAAAAAACUCUAAUCCGAUGCUUUUAAAGCGUAAAUGGAAGGACAACAUCGGAGCGUGACGUCCUUCCGAAAACACAGAAUGAAGAACGAACUGACGUUAGCGAGUGAACCAGCCAAUCACCACAGACUGACGCGGAGCUCACAUAUAUCGGUGUGGCCGCCAUCUUGGAUAAAUCCCCUUAGUGCGUUUCUUUCUGCCCGACGACAUUGACCAUAACUCUGAAUUUUAGUGGUUUGUUCUAAACGGUCGAGGCGCCGCCGGACGCCGUCACACAUUAAGAUAAAUAAUUAAAAUUAUUUUUAAAUUUGUGAAACGUAAUCGGACACCAUCUGGUUUCAACGAUACGUCGGCGUAGCUCCUCGUUCUCCGUUGACUCUGUUUGGCUCAAGUGCGAGCCGGGAAUGAGGAGACCCAUCAAAUAUGGCGGCAACGCUCAAUUAUGUUCGAGCAAAUGAGGCUUCUACAUGUUUGAUGAGCCAAUCACAGCUCAUUCUGAGCGCAAUCUAUGAAUAGAGCAGGUAACCAAUCAGGACGCUGAUGUGAAGUCAAAGACUCACCGUCAUAUUCUCAGCCCUACAGGUGUUUACCUGCGCUCAGGAGGGCGGAGCCAAUGUGGGAGGGGCCCAGAUCGAUGUCAGCGUCCCCGAGCUCAGUGAUGUCUGUACAGAGGGCAGCUGUUACCCGGCAACAGGGGACCUCCUGAUUGGACGGGCCCAUCAACUGUCGUCUACUUCCACCUGCGGACUUAGCCGCCCCGAACCGUUCUGCAUCGUCAGUCACCUUCAGGUAAAAACACACACACACACACACACACCUGUACAAGUACACAAGUACACAAGUACACACACAGGUGGACAAAAACACACUCCCGGUUUGUUAGUUAGUUAGUUAGUUAGUUAGUUAGUUAGUUAGUUUGUUUGUUUUUGUUUGUUUGUUUGUUUUCUGUUUGUUUUUGUUUGUUUUUGUUUUUUUUUGUUUGUUUUUGUUUUUUUUUGUUUGUUUUUGUUUUUUUUGUUUGUUUUUUGUUUGUUUUUUGUUUGUUUGUUUGUUUUUUGUUUGUUUUUGUUUGUUUGUUUGUUUUUGUUUGUUUUUGUUUUUUGUUUGUUUUUGUUUUUUGUUUGUUUUUUGUUUGUUUGUUUGUUUUUUGUUUGUUUUUGUUUGUUUGUUUGUUUUUGUUUGUUUUUGUUUUUUGUUUGUUUUUUGUUUGUUUGUUUGUUUGUUUUUUGUUUGUUUUUUGUUUGUUUGUUUGUUUGUUUACUUCUGUUGUUGAUGUUUUUAGUUUCACUCUUAAAGCUUCUUCAGUUUAAACAAAGUUAAAGAGUUUUUAUCUUCUUGGAGGUUAAAAAUCGAUCAGCUGAUUUUUUUUUUAUUCAUUUUUGAUUCAAACAUAAAAAAAUAUUUUCUGUUCAAAAGUUUUUUCUUUUUUUUUAUAAAAAGACCGAGAAGAAUGAAAAGAAUUUAACCUUUGACCCCCAAAUACCCUCUCUCUCCCUCUCUCCUGAUCUCUCUCUCUCUCUCUCUCUCUCUCUCCCUCUCUCUCUCUCUCUCUCUCUCUCUCUCUCUCUCUCCUCUCUCUCCCUCUCUCCUGCUCCCUCUCUCUCUCUCUCUCUCUCUCUCUCUCUCUCUCUCUCUCUCUCUCCCUCUCUCUCUCUCUCUCUCUCUCUCUCUCCCUCUCUCUCUCUCUCUCUCUCAGGAGGAGAAGAAAUGUUUCGUUUGCGACUCGUCGGAUUUUUACGACGAGCUCAGCGACCAGAAGAGAAACCAUCGAAUCGAAAACGUCGUCACAACCUUCGCCCCCAACAGACUCAAGACCUGGUGGCAGUCCGAGAACGGUGAGGAAAACUACACACAAACUACACAAAAUACACAAACUACACACAAAAUACACAAACUAUACAAACUACACACAAACUACACAAAAUACACAAACUUUACACAAACUACACACAAACUACCCUGUGAAAAUUUAAAAAACGGACACGUUAGUCCACUCACAGACAUGAGUAUUUAAAGUCUGUGUUUCCUCGGCUCUGGUCGUCUCACCUGUCAGUCUCAGGUCUCACCUGUCUGUCUCAGGUCUCACCUGUCUGUCUCAGGUCUCACCUGUCUGUCUCAGGUCUCACCUGUCAGUCCCGGGUCUCACCUGUUUCCACCUUUAACCAGAGACAGAUAAAGUCCCAGUGGUUCCAGGAACUAAAUCCUGUUGGUGUUCAGUCUGUGUUUAUGUCUGAGUGAGAGAGUCAAACAGAGCAGAGGAAAAACACCCUCCUCUCCUCCUCUCCUCCUCUCCUCCCUACCUCCUCCUCCCUACUCCCUUCCUCCCUUCCUCCCUCCCUCCGCCUCUCCUCCCCUCCUCUCCUCCUCUCCUCCCCUUCUCUCCUCCUCUCUUCCUCCUCCCUCCCUUUACUCCCCCCUCAGUCUUUGAAAUGCAUGAGCAGCUGCUGUUUCCCAGGAUGGCGUUGGUGUGAGUCCGUCCUGAAGUCACACACGUCUGUGUUUACUGGUUCUCAUGCUGUGGGGCGAGUCCCAGCUGGAGGCCGCAGAGUCGUUAAGGGUGGGGGUUGGGGGAUAAAACACUCAGGAGGUUCCCGCUGACAGUCCUUACCUGAGAACUCAGACACACUGUGGGUUCAGAGUGAAUGUUCACGCCGUGUGUGUGUGUGUGUGUUUAUUUAAACCUCCAAUAAAAAAAUAAAAAAACUUUAUUUACAUCUGAGAAAAAAACAAAAAGUUUUUACAAUGAAAAAAAAACAGAAAAACAGUCUGAAAAAAUCAUGAAUGAGUGAGAUCUGGUUCAGGGUGGUUCUGGAUCUGGUUCAGUGUGGUUCUGGAUCUGGUUCAGUUUGGUUCUGGAUCUGGUUCAGUGUGGUUCUGGAUCUGGUUCAGUUUGGUUCUGGAUCUGGUUCAGUGUGGUUCUGGAUCUGGUUCAGUUUGGUCCUGGAUCUGGUUCAGUUUGGUUCUGGAUCUGGUUCAGUUUGGUUCUGGAUCUGGUUCAGUUUGGUUCUGGAUCUGGUUCAGUGUGGUUCUGGAUCUGGUUCAGUUUGGUCCUGGAUCUGGUUCAGUUUGGUUCUGGAUCUGGUUCAGUUUGGUUCUGGAUCUGGUUCAGUUUGGUCCUGGGUCUGGUUCAGUGUGGUCCUGGGUCUGGUUCAGUGUGGUCCUGGAUCUGGUUCAGUGUGGUUCUGGAUCUGGUUCAGUUUGGUUCUGGAUCUGGUUCAGUGUGGUUCUGGAUCUGGUUCAGUUUGGUUCUGGGUCUGGUUCAGUGUGGUUCUGGGUCUGGUUCAGUGUGGUUCUGGAUCUGGUUCAGUUUGGUUCUGGAUCUGGUUCAGUUUGGUUCUGGUGGGUUUUUGGUUCUUGCUGCUGAGGUCGGUGUUUUGUUGUCUGACAGUGAUUGACAGUCAGAGUUUGUAACAUGUAUUGAUUAACGUAUUGAUUAACAAUGGGUCAAUAAAAAAACAGGAACUGAUUUUCUUGAAUGGUCUGAUGUCGUCUGCAGGUCUAGAAAACGUCACGGUCCAGCUGAAUCUGGAGGCAGAGUUUCAUUUCACUCAUCUCAUCAUGACCUUCAAGGUGGGUGCUACAUGCAGUGGUGGAUUCUGGGAAAUCACAGUCCGAUCAGCCAACAGAUUUAUGUCAGAUUAGAGGAACAGUCUACAGACUAAUCCAGCUGAAAUCUGUGUUAACCAGUCUAUGACAGUCUAUAACAUUCUGAGUCUAUGACAGUCUAUGACAGUCAAUGACAGUCUAUAUCAUUCUGAGUCUAUAACAGUCUAUAACAUUCUGAGUCUAUAACAGUCUAUGACAGUCUAUGACAUUCUGAGUCUAUAACAGUCUAUAACAGUCUAUAACAUUCUGAGUCUAUGACAGUCUAUGACAGUCUAUAUCAUUCUGAGUCUAUAACAGUCUAUAACAUUCUGAGUCUAUAACAGUCUAUGACAGUCUAUGACAUUCUGAGUCUAUAACAGUCUAUGACAGUCUAUAUCAUUCUGAGUCUAUAACAGUCUAUAACAUUCUGAGUCUAUGACAGUCUAUGACAGUCUAUGACAUUCUGAGUCUAUAACAGUCUAUGACAGUCUAUGACAUUCUGAGUCUAUAACAGUCUAUAACAGUCUAUAUCAUUCUGAGUCUAUAACAGUCUAUAACAUUCUGAGUCUAUAACAGUCUAUAACAUUCUGAGUCUAUAACAGUCUAUAUCAUUCUGAGUCUAUAACAGUCUAUAACAGUCUAUAACAUUCUGAGUCUAUAACAGUCUAUAACAUUCUGAGUCUAUAACAGUCUAUAACAGUCUAUAACAUUCUGAGUCUAUAACAGUCUAUAUCAUUCUGAGUCUAUAACAGUCUAUAACAUUCUGAGUCUAUAACAGUCUAUAACAGUCUAUAACAGUCUAUAACAGUCUAUAACAUUCUGAGUCUAUAACAGUCUAUAACAUUCUGAGUCUAUAACAGUCUAUAUCAUUCUGAGUCUAUAACAGUCUAUGACAGUCUAGAACAUUCUGAGUCUAUAACAGUCUAUAACAUUCUGAGUCUAUAACAGUCUAUAACAUUCUGAGUCUAUAACAGUCUAUGACAGUCUAUAACAGUCUAUAUCAUUCUGAGUCUAUAACAGUCUAUAACAUUCUGAGUCUAUAACAGUCUAUGACAGUCUAGAACAUUCUGAGUCUAUAACAGUCUAUAACAUUCUGAGUCUAUAACAGUCUAUAACAUUCUGAGUCUAUAACAGUCUUUGACAGUCUAUAACAUUCUGAGUCUAUAACAGUCUAGAACAUUCUGAGUCUAUAACAGUCUAUGACAGUCUAUAACAUUCUGAGUCUAUAACAGUCUAUGACAGUCUAUAACAGUCUAUAACAUUCUGAGUCUAUAACAGUCUAUGACAUCUACACUGUUUCUCUAACCCGAUGGCGGCUGUACUGAGGUGUUCUGGUUCUGGUUUUGGUGGGACCAGUAUUACGUCUGUGGCUGACCCCGCCCCCCGUGUCUCUCUCUGCUCUCAGACGUUUCGACCUGCUGCCAUGGUGAUCGAGAGGUCAGCUGACUUCGGGAAAACGUGGCAGGUUUAUCGGUACUUUGCCUACGACUGCGAAACUUCCUUCCCGACAAUUUCCCAAGGUCCAAUGAAGAAGGUCGAUGAUGUCAUCUGCGACUCCCGAUACUCGGACAUAGAGCCGUCCACCGAGGGCGAGGUCUGUCGGCGCUCUGUUCAUUAAUGAGUUAAAAACUGUGAUGUCACAGCGAUGUUAACCGCCGUUAAACCCUCCGUUUGUUUCAGGUGAUUUUUCGAGUCCUGGACCCGGCGUUCAGGAUCCACGACCCUUACAGUCCCAGGAUUCAGAGUAGGUCUCCUCCAUACUUCUCCUGUUGGGGUUAUUGAUCAGAUAUUGAUCCGUUACUGAUCAAUCAUUGAUCGUCUCUCUGUCCAGACAUGCUGAAGAUCACCAACCUGAGGGUCAAGUUCACCAAACUGCACACGCUCGGAGAUAACCUGCUGGAUUCUCGCAUGGAGAUCAAAGAGAAGUACUACUACGCCAUCUACGACAUGGUGGUCCGAGGGAACUGCUUCUGCUACGGACACGCCUCUGAGUGCGCGCCCAUCCAGGGGGCGGGGCAGACCAGAGAGGGCAUGGUGAGAGUUUUUUUAUAUGGUCACGGGGUUACGGGGUCAUGUUUGAUGAUAACUGGCGAUCGUUUGAGGUCAUCAUGGCGUGUUGUAUGUCUGCAGGUUCAUGGUCACUGCAUGUGUAACCACAACACCAAAGGUCUGAACUGUGAGCAGUGUCAGGACUUCCACCAUGACCUUCCAUGGCGGCCAGCUGAGGGACGCAACACCAACGCCUGCAAGAGUGAGUCCACGUCUACUGGUUUCUUCUCAUUUGUACUGGUCUAAACCGGUCUAAACUGGUCUAAACUGGUCUAAACUGGUCUUAACUGGUUUACUCUGGUUUGGACUGGGAGGAGCAGACUGAGAUCUGGUACUGGAGGUUCCUGUCAGAUUAAAAGUUCAUACAAACGUCUGAAACAAAGUUUCUUCAGCAGCUGAAUUUAAAUGUUUUUCUUCUUCAUGUGGAAUAAUCACCUCUUCUUCUUCUUCUUCUUCUUCUUCUUCUUCUUCUUCUUCUUCUUCUUCUUCUGUGGUGCUUCUGUAGAGUGUAGCUGUAACCAUCACUCAGACUCGUGUCACUUUGACAUGGCGGUCUUCGUGGCUUCAGGGAACGUCAGCGGCGGAGUUUGUGACGACUGUCGGCACAACACAGCCGGACACAACUGUGAGCAGUGUCGACCGUUUUACUACCAACACCCCGAGAGAUCCAUCAGGGACCCCAACAUCUGCCAACGUGAGUCAGAUUUCAAAAUAAAGUACCACUGUUCCUCUUCAAAAUAAAAUACCGAGUCCAGACCGUAUCUGUCCCUUUCUCUCCUGGUCCUAAAUUUGUCCUGUGUUUGUUUCCGUAGCCUGUAACUGCGACCCUCUCGGCUCUCUGAACGGCGGUCUGUGUGACGGGAUGACGGACGUUCGGAACGGUCUGAUCGCCGGUCAGUGUCGCUGUAAGGUCAACGUGGAAGGAGAGCGCUGCGAACGCUGCAAAGACGCACAUUACAACCUGAGCGACAACCCCGAGGGCUGCGAGGGUACGAUGAGAAACACACCAUCUGUACAACAUGAUAAAACAAGAUACUAAACUAUGAAAGAACAAGAUACAAAUGACUGAACAGGUGAACAUCGACCAUAAGAGGAUCAGAGAUGUGGAACAGGAAACAGGAAACAGGAAACAGUGAUCCUGAGUGUUUGAUCGUCUUUCUGUUUGUUCCUGCAGUUCUGUGGGGUGAUGAUAAAUCAAGAUCAUUACAGAUAAUCAAGAUCAUUCUUUGUUCAAAUGUUAAUGAUCUUGUUUUUAGCGUGUUCCUGUAACCCUCUGGGAACACUUCCUGGAGGAAACCCCUGUGACAGUGAAACAGGAAGCUGCUUCUGUAAACGCCUGGUGACGGGACGAGACUGUGACCAAUGUGUGGUAAGACAAGAUACCAACGUUCUUAUUCGCUGAGUAAUCAGCCAAUCAGCUGAAGGGAAAGUCAACCGGCCAAUCAGGACAAAGAACCUCAAAUGUUCAGAAAAAUAAAAACAGGAAGUCCGUCUCUCAUCAGUCUUUGUGUGUGUGUGUGUGUGUGUGUGUGUGUGUGUGUGUGUGUGUGUGUUCAGCCUGAACAUUGGGGGCUCAGUAAUGACAUGGACGGCUGCAGACCAUGUGACUGUGAUCUGGGCGGAGCCAUCAACAACCGGUGAGUUUCUGUGAUGGUCCUGCUAAAGCUAAAAGCUAACGGUCGUCCAUGUUUGUUGUAGUUUUUUUCACUUCCUGUGUCCUGCAGGUGUGACCAGGUGAGCGGUCAGUGUGUGUGCAGAGAUCACAUGUUUGGUCGCCGCUGCGAUCAGGUGGAGUCUGGAUUCUACUUCAUCGCUCUGGAUCACUACACCUACGAGGCCGAGGAUUCGACCUUCGGACCUGUGAGUGACCUUUGACCUCUGAUUAUGUAGCUGACCAGUGCGACUGCGUUCAUUUAAAUGACAUGCACAGGUGCCCCGGCUCUGAGUCCCUCCAUCUUUCUUUCAGGGAGUGACGGUCGUGCCGAGGCCCCACCCCCUGGACCGCAGCCCCACCUGGACAGGUACCGGCCUGGUCAACGUCCCAGAGGGGGCGUACCUGGAGUUUACCGUGGACAAUAUCCCCCACUCCAUGGAGUAUGACAUCAUCAUCCGCUACGAGCCACAGGUGAGCGUCUACAGCGAGAAGAGGCUCCUCCUACUGUCGUAGCCCCGCCCACUAAAGCACAGAGAUCAGAUCAAUAAGAUCAGAGUUUCACAGAUUUACACACAAAAUCAGCUGUGAAGGUUUUUUCCCUGCAGCUGCCUGACCAAUGGGAGGAGGUUCUGAUGGCGGUGAUGAGGCCUGGACCAAUCAAAGCAGACAGUCGCUGUGUCAACACAGUUCCUGAUGAUGACAACCAGAUGAUCUCGCUUCACCCCGGCUCACGGUAACGACUGCAGACAUGAUCUAAACUUCUUCUUCUGGUUCUUCUUCUGGUUCUUCUUCUGGUUCUUCUUCUGGUUCCUCUCUGGUUCUUCUUCUGGUUCUUCUUCUGGUUCUUCUUCUGGUUCUUCUUCUGGUUCUUCUUCUGGUUCCUCUCUGGUUCCUCUCUGGUUCUUCUUCUGGUUCCUCUCUGGUUCCUCUCUGGUUCUUCUUCUGGUUCUUCUUCUGGUUCUUCUUCUGGUUCCUCUCUGGUUCCUCUCUGGUUCCUCUCUGGUUCUUCUUCUGGUUCUUCUUCUGGUUCCUCUCUGGUUCCUCUCUGGUUCCUCUCUGGUUCCUCUCUGGUCUGCUGGGUCCACAAAGGUUCUCAGAGACUUGGUGAAAGAAGAGGUCGUCAGAAACAUGAACCUGGAACAGCUUUUACAAACAUCAGGGCGAUGAUUUCUGCUCAGACUGUGUGAACAUCAAAAACGUUAUUUUCUGAGUCGCCUGAUGAGGAGGAUUUAUUCUGUUUCUAAAAUAAGUUUAUUUGGUUUGUACUCAGAGUUCAACUAAAAGUCCGAAUAUAUCUAACCGACUUAUUUUCAUCCAGAUCCUCUCAAGUGUGUUUUGAGAGGUCAGUUUACUUUCUCUGUGAUACUUCCGUAUAUCUUUGAAAGAGUACACUCUUAUAGAGAUAAGCAGUAUAAGUCAGGAAUACAAACAAGUACUACUACUGAAUUAACUGCACACCAAUGCUUCAGAGCGGAUUAAGCCACGCCCCCAUGUUGGUGACUUUGGUUCCUGCUGUGGUCCUGAGCCUCAGUAUGUACUUUUAUACACUAAAACGUGGACUAGAGGUUUAUUACUAGUAAACUGAUGUUGUACCAAGAAGUUUACUUCAAGUUUUCUUCAAGUGUACUUUGAUAAACUAAAUUGGGUCAAUUUAGUCACAUGAAGUCUACUUGUCAGUACACUGGUAGUAUAUUUGUAUCAGUGUACUUAAAGUAUACUUCAGGAAGUAUUCUAAAAUUAAAGUAUACUUAAUUAAAUGUACUUCAGGUGUACUCACGUUUUUGGUCAGGGAUGAACGGACGAGUCGAGUCUCUGUGAGAAUUACGACCCUCAAAGUUCCUGUCUGUCCCCUCAGGUACGUGGUUCUUCCCAGACCCGUCUGUUUUGAAUCUGGUCUGAACUACACGGUCCGCCUCAGUCUGCCGCUGUACUCGGCCCUCAGCGACAUCCAGUCUCCGUACACACUCAUCGACUCAGUGAGUAAAAACUCAGAAUCACGUCCUGACGACCAAAUUCACUUUAUUCAUUUAAAUCACAUUAAAAAGUGAUUAAAGAAAAACAUCAUCGAUCAGAGUCAGAUUCACCUAAAGUCAGUUCUGGUCCUGUUCUGAUGGUUCUGGUCCUGGUUCCUCAGAUCGUGCUCAUGCCUCACUGUAAGAACCUGGAGAUCUUCUCGCCCUCGGAGGGCGGAGACUCCAGCAGCUGGGACACCUUUCAGCGUUAUCGAUGUCUGGAGAACAGCCAGGGGGUCAUCAAGUCCCAGACCACCGACAUCUGCAGGAACUUCAUCUUCAGCAUCUCCGCCAUGCUGCACCAGGGCGCCAAAGGUAACUAGACCAUGACCAGGUAACUUACCUAAAACCCACUCAGGGUUUUAGGACCCUCAGAGCCCCCCUAGAUUCUCAGUCCACCUUCACUCUCGUUCAUUAAUCGUUAAUUUGUAGUUUUUGUGUCUUUGUCGUUAAACGUCGUCGGUCAGGUUUUACUUUGAUGUUUUAUUUUCUUUCUUUUAUUUUGUUUUUAUCUUAAAACAAAUAAAAGAGGAGAAGUUAUAGUUUGAACUCUCCAGGUGAUCUUCUGCUCUUCAGACUCUUCUUUGUCAUUAUUACCUGAGUGACAUCACUCAGGUAUUUCCUUCCGUCGGCGUGUCUCCGCUCGUCUCUACUUCCUCACAUUCCUCUCUCGUUGUCUCAUAAAUCUGUCGGCCUGAGGACAUCUUCUCUGUUUCAGCUCGUUUUCUGUCUGUGACUCUGUUUCCCAGAAUGCCGCUGUGACCCUCAGGGUUCCCUCAGCACAGUAUGUGACCCCAGCGGCGGUCAGUGUCAGUGUCGCCCCCAUGUGGUUGGCCGCAACUGCGACAGGUGUGCCCCUGCUACUUUCCAGUUUGGCCCCAACGGCUGCAGAGGUCAGGACCUGAAUCAACGAUCAAUCAACUCAUCAAUAAUCAAUCAACACUCAUCAAUAAUCAAUCAACACUAAUCAAUAAUCAAUCAACACUCAUCAAUAAUCAAUCAACACUCAUCAACGAUCAAUCAACACUCAUCAAUAAUCAAUCAACACUCAUCAAUGAUCAAUCAACACUCAUCAAUAAUCAAUCAACACUCAUCAAUAAUCAAUCAACACUCAUCAAUAAUCAAUCAACACUCAUCAAUAAUCAAUCAACACUCAUCAAUAAUCAAUCAACACUCAUCAAUCAACACUCAUCAAUAAUCAAUAAUCAAUCAACACUCAUCAAUAAUCAAUCAACACUCAUCAAUAAUCAAUCAACACUCAUCAAUAAUCAAUCAACACUCAUCAAUGAUCAAUCAACACUUAUCAAUAAUCAAUAAUCAAUCAACACUCAUCAAUGAUCAAUCAGCUCAUUAGGACAUAACUAAUUACGUUCUUGUUUAUUAACCCUUUUUCGUGAUUUGCCGACUUGUUUAAGUCGUGAUAAAAUCGUCAUUUUUAAUCAUUUUUACGUGUUUUUUUUUCAGCGUGUGCGUGCGACCCUCGUGGCGCCCAGAACUCCUUCUGCGAUCAGCUGAGCGGUCAGUGCGUCUGCGUUCCGGGAGCGUACGGCCGUCAGUGUGACCGCUGUCUGCCGGGUCACUGGGGUUUCCCCGCCUGUCGACCCUGCGCCUGCAACGGACACGCCGACACCUGCGACCCCGACAACGGGCGCUGCAUCGCCUGCAGGGACCACAGCACAGGACACGCCUGUGACAGGUCAGUCCCACCGGAGGUCAUACACACCUGUCUCACCUGUCACAGGUAACACACACUGAACUUUGAAUCUCUUACUGUGACCAGGUGCCUCGAUGGUUACUAUGGAGACCCAGUGCUGGGGUCAGGUGACCACUGUCGUCCCUGCAGGUGUCCUGAUGGUCCCGACAGCCUGCGGCAGUUUGCAGGAGGUUGUUACCGUGGAGACGACUCUCAGCAGGUCACCUGUGUGUGUAACGUGGGAUAUAAAGGUACGACCUUCAUAACGUCGUUGGAUCAGAUUAGUGUGAUGUCGUACUUUGAUUGAUUGAUUUAUUGAUCACAGAUUUCCAGGUGAGAAAGCAGCUCGCUCUGAUUGGCUGUGAGGUUUUAGUUCAGUUUUAUUAUCAUGAGUUUUAGCAGCAGGCGUCGUGGUACGAGUUUAUUCAUUCAUUAAUAAUCAUCAUCAAUAUCAGCAUCAUCACAGGAAGUGAUGGCUGACCUUGAACAGGAAAUGAGGUCAGAAUGAAGUCUGUCAGUCUGGACUGUGACACCUGAGGGAAACACACACAGGUGUGAAUAAAGGUUCACCGACGUUCAUCAAAGACGAACUGAAAAUGUUCGAUAAGAAAGACGAAGAGUUCGCCGAAAACCGUCCGACUGAGAGUUGGUGAAGUUUGUCGAGUGUCUGAGAGCGAGGCAGACGAGACUCUCUCAUUGGUCUCCUCUGUUCUUACCUGGAUCACCUGAGGGCCUCUGUGCCGGCUCCUGAUUGGCUGUCAGUCUAAACUGAACCGCCGAAGUUUGAGUGGAAGUUUUUUUUUCAGGUUUGAACUCCAGUUUAGAUUUCUACAGUCAGGAUUAUUUAAUUGAUCUUUUAUUUUUUCCGAUCAGUUUCAGACUCUUAUUGAUCAGCUGAUCAGCCACAAUCAUCUCAUAUUGAUCUCUGUGAAAACCCCGCUCUUUAGUUUUAGGGUGGUACUUUUUACACUCCCAUGAUCAGCUGUUCUCAUGUCGUUGUAAACGUAAACGACAGAGAGACUGAACAAUAAAGAGGAGAAGGAGGAGGCGGGGCUCGUCUCUGACAUCACUGAUCAUAAGAUCGUCCUGAUUGGACAGAACAGCGUCACGUGAGAAUCAGGACAAGUUCAGGAACAUUUCUAAACAAACUUCUCAGGGACGCCAAGGUUAGUUAGCGUCAGUUAGCGUCAGUUAGCGUCGGUUAGCGUCAGUUAGCGUCAGUUAGCGUCAGUUAGCUUCGGUUAGCGUCAGUUAGCGUCAGUUAGCGUCAGUUAGCUUCGGUUAGCGUCGGUUAGCUUCGGUUAGCGUCGGUUAGCGUCAGUUAGCGUCAGUUAGCUUCGGUUAGCGUCAGUUAGCUUCGGUUAGCGUCAGUUAGCGUCAGUUAGCUUUGGUUAGCGUCGGUUAGCGUCAGUUAGCGUCGGUUAGCGUCAGUUAGCGUCAGUUAGCAUCAGUUAGCUUCGGUUAGCGUCAGUUAGCGUCAGUUAGCUUCGGUUAGCGUCGGUUAGCGUCAGUUAGCUUCGGUUAGCGUCAGUUACCGUCAGUUAGCGUUGUUAGCGUCAGUUAGCGUCAGUUAGCGU